AUGGCUACCGUCAAACCAAAACCGAUAGUUCUGCACAUUGGCGACCCAGUCAAAUGGAACCUUGAUUUAUAUAAUCAAUUUGCCGAAGACUUUACAGUCAUACGACCUUCAACAGAAGAGCGUCAACGUGAUGAAUUCAUGAAAGGCUUGAAAGAAAACAGAUGGGGGAAAUUUUCCGCAAUAUUCAGACCGUUCUGGAAUACUGGUGGUGAAAUGGGGAGAUGGGAUUCAGAGCUCAUCCCCUUAAUACCCGAAUCGUGCCGAAUAUUUGCAUCCGCGGGAGCUGGUUUUGAUUGGGCCGAUGUAGACCUUUUGGCCGACCGAGAUAUUGUCUAUUGCAACAGCGCCACAGCCACUACCGAAUCUGUAUCAGAUUUCGCCAUUUUCUUGAUCUUAGCUACAUUCAGAAACCUCACUUGGUGCAACUUCCAAUCUUACCUGAGAUCAUACAUUACGAGUACUAAUACAAAUAGGUGCACCCAAUCUGCUCGUUCCGGUGCAGCUUCAUUCCAAGAUUGCCACACCAAUGCCGCAGCUAUGUCCCACAAUCCUCGCGGCCAUACGCUUGGUAUUGUCGGCUUGGGAAACAUUGGUUAUAACAUCGCUCGGAAAGCUUUCCUAGCAUUCGGAAUGAAAAUCUUGUACUACGACAUUGUCCGAAAGACUCAAUCCCAGGAAGCUGCCAUCGAAGCACAAUUCUUCACUGAUUUAGAUAACAUGUUAGCCCUUAGCGAUUGUGUAGUUCUUGCUACACCUGCUUCUCCAGAUGGAAGAAAAUUUCUUGAUCGACAGAGGUUGAGCAAGUUCAAGGAAAAAAGUAGAUUUGUGAACAUUGCCAGAGGUAUCUUAGUGGAUGAGCAAGCAUUGGCCGAAGCUGUUGAGUCGGGAAAAUUGGUGGGUGUAGGGCUGGAUGUUCAUGAGCAUGAACCUAGAGUAAACGAAAGGCUAAAGGCCUCGAGGAAUGUCACACUUACUAGCCAUAAUGCUGGUGGGACACUUGAAACCCACAUUGGAUUUGAAGAAUUGGCAAUGAAAAACAUCGAUGCAGUAUUGAAAGGAAAGGAGCCAUUGACACCGGUGAACAAGCAUUUGAUUGGAAAGGUGAAGCAUACUUUGUAA